UUGUCGACUAACAGUUGUGAUAACCUCGUAUUUUUUCUUUGCUCUUCUAUAGAAAAGUACAAACAAGUGCAUCGACCAAACGAGGAUCGGGUGCUCCUCCUCAUCAACAGUUUCAAGACUUCGGAUGAGGGAGACUAUCGAUGCACGCUAACAAAUCCCGCUACAGGAAGGACUGUUUGGUCGCCUGAAAUUGUCCGUCUCCAGGUUCGAGCUCCGGACAAGCCAGUGUCGGUGCGUGUGCUGUUACCCUUGGCCUCCCAAGACAACAGUUCGGCGGCGGCGUCCAGACUGAUUGUGGUGCGAGAAGGCGACAACGUCACCCUCUUCUGUAUCAUGGAGGGCGCGCCACCGCCUGUGGUACGGACCUAUCCACACAACACACAGAACACUCGAUACAAUAUGGAUCCGAACUUCGGUCUUCUUCAUCUGGUGAAUGCUCAACCGUCGGAUGGAGGUGUCUUCCUCUGUGCCACAACACAUUUGAGUCUUACGGCUACGUUGAAAGUGAAACCUCGUCUUCGGUUGACCACAUCACCAGUCGACCUUCGUAUCGCCUCAUUCGACAAACGAGCUGAGUUCCGCUGUUCUACCUCUGAUAAGAGCGUGAAACCGUUCUGGCUCUUCAAUGGAAACCUAAUCUACACACCCAACCCUGAAGUGCUGACCAUUGAAUCGGUACAGAAGUCGGAUCUGGGCCUCUACCAGUGCAUAGCGCGGACCCUCACCCCAGACGGUCGAACUGACGAAUGGGUCUCGGCCACCGCUCCUCUUGCCCUCUAUUUUGAUAAAGUUGUUACCAAGGUUGCAGAUCUCUUGGAAUUCAUUCCAAGCGUCCAUAGGACACCAAGCCAUCAGGAAGUCCUUGAGACGACAAAAGAAAUGAAGCCAGUGGUGGAAAUGGCUCUGGACAACUUCGCUGUCUACCUAACAUGGAAUGUGAGCGACGCCAUGCUCUAUCCUGACUUCCAUGGUGAUAAUAGUCUACCUCUGGUGCCACCAUCACCCACGCAAGUGCAAGCACAACAAAUUGCUUUCCAAAUUGACUAUGCAAGUUUGGUGAGGGAAUCAAUAUUGAAUCCGGCCCUGGUAGGUUUGGUUCCAUCAGAACCCGCGGUGUGGUCGAAGACGGAAACGAUAAACAAGAUGGUAAGUCGAGUGUCUCAAUCAUCCACACUUGUCUGA